AUGCGAGUUGGCGGCCGGCUGGCGUCAGGCGACUUGACGUACGGCGCUAAGCAUUCGGUCCUGCUCGCUAAACACCACGUCGCCGAGAUGUUGUUGCGCCAUCUCCUGAAGUCGCUACAUCAGGGUGUCAAGAGUGUGCUAGCUCUCGCGCGGCAGCAGUAUUGGAUCAUUGGCGAUCGACGCGCGUUGCGCAGCGUGAAGAGCAAAUGCGUUAUCUGUCGUCGGCAGGAUGCGCGAGCAGCGGAUGAAGUUUCCGCACCGCUACCACGAGACCGCGUGGUGCACCAGCGUCCCUUUGGAUUAUGCGGAGUGGAUUAUGCCGGCCCUCUCUAUGUCAAGGAUGGCGGCAAGGCAUGGAUCGCGCUGUUCGAGUGUGGCACCACCAGAGCUGUCCACAUCGACCUGGCGGAGCUUGGAGAAGAGAGAGUUUCUCCUGGCGUACCGGCGGUUCUGAGCACGGUGGGGAGAGCCGGCCCGCAUCCGUUCAGACAAUGGCACAACGUUCCGAGCAGCGGCAAAGACGUUGUCGGUGGAGUGGCUGUUCAACCCACAAGCGACACCGUGAUUCGGCGGGUUUUUAGAGCGGCUCGUUGGCGCCGUGAAGCGCCCGCUAGUCAAAGUGCUUGGCAACGCGUCGGUGAAGGAGUGCGAGUUGCGCGCCCUGCUGUGCGAGAUCGAGGCUGCUGUCAAGGACCGUCCACGGACACACCUUGGCGGUUUGGACUCCGAGCCGCCUCUCUCGCCCGCGAUGCUGUGUGGGAAGCCCUGGCCCGGCGCGGCGAGGGCAUCGAGCAGCACGUAACGGCCGAGCAGUUGGGUCGGCGUCAGAAGUACGUCACUGCUUUGACGGGACACCUGACGAGCCGGUGGCAAGAUGAGGAUCUGGUCACCUUGAAUGCGUACCAUGCUGGGCGCUCGUCGCCGAUCGUGGUUGAUGAUGGCGUCCUCAUCAUUGCUGACAAGCAGCACCAGCGCUGGCGGAUGGGCAGAGUCGUCAAGCUCUUUCCUUGGCGUGACGGGCAAGUCAGAGUGGCUGAGGUCUGUGUCAUGAAGGAAAAUGGAGAGUGCUCUUCUGUGCCGAGACCGAUUCGGCGCUUGGUUCCUUUGGAGCUGGUCGCCUCAGGCGAUCGUGACCCGGUGCACGUGGUCGAGGAGCAGCCUGCGAACGAGCCCAUGCUAGUUGCCGACACCGGUCUCACGUCAGUUACGGUACCACGGCCAGAGGCUCCACAGUCAUCAGAGCCAGCGCCAGCGGUUCCGCCUGCAAGAUCGACCCGUACGCGCACAAUUCGGCCUCCAGCUCGCUACGCCUGA